AUGGCUCCAGUACCCAAGCUCAAGGAUCCCUCCCUCUUCAAGACCGAUGUCGCCUAUGUAAACGGCGAAUGGGUCAAGGCCGCCUCGGGCAAGACCUUUGAGGUUCAUGACCCCUCAACGGGCAAGGUCAUCGGCACCUCCCCCGAAUUCGACACCAAGGACACCGAGAAGGCAAUUGCUGCCGCCGCCGAGGCUUUCAAGUCCUUCCGCAACACAACCGGCCGCGAGCGGGCCAAGCUUCUCCGGAAAUGGUACGACCUAAUGGUCGAGAACGCGGAGGACCUGGCAACACUGAUCACCUGGGAGAACGGCAAGCCGCUUGCAGAUGCCAAGGGCGAGGUUAGCUAUGCAGCCAACUUCUUUGAAUGGUUCAGCGAGGAGGCCCCGCGGGCCUACGGCGACACGAUCCCUGCGACCGUGCCUGGAAACCGCGUCGUCACUCUCAAGCAGCCCGUCGGUGUGUGCGGGUUGAUCACCCCGUGGAACUUCCCCGCUGCCAUGAUCACGCGGAAGAUCGGUCCUGCCCUGGCAGCAGGCUGUACCACGGUGUGCAAAUCCCCCGGCGAGACUCCCUUCACCAGUUUGGCGCUGGCCGAGCUCGCUCACCGGGCUGGAGUCCCCAAGGGUGUUGUCAACGUCAUAUCUGCGAUGAAGAACACCGUCGAGGUCGGUGAAGUCUUGACCACACACCCCACGAUACAGAAGGUAUCCUUCACGGGCUCCACGGGCGUUGGUAAGCUUCUCAUGAAGCAGGCCUCUUCGACGUUGAAGAUCCUGUCCAUGGAGCUGGGCGGCAACGCGCCCUUCAUUGUUUUCGAUGAUGCGGAUGUAGACGCCGCAGUUGCAGGCGCCAUCGCAUCCAAAUUCCGCUCCUCUGGCCAGACAUGCGUCUGUGCGAACCGAAUCUACGUCCAGAAGGGCAUCUACGACGAGUUUGCCAAGAAGUUCGCCGAGAAGGUCAAGGGCUUCAAGGUUGGCAACGGCUUCGAUGAGGGUAUUACUCACGGGCCCCUGAUCCACGACCGUGCCGUCAGCAAGGUCGAGGCUCACAUCAAAGACGCCGAGAAGAAGGGCGGAACCGUCAUCGUCGGUGGUCAGCCGCUGCCUGACUUGGGUGCCAACUUCUACCAGCCUACCGUCAUUACAGGUAUGACCAAGGAGAUGGCCAUCUCGACCGAGGAGACGUUCGGCCCUGUCGCGGGUCUGUUCCCGUUCGCCACCGAGAAGGAGGUCGUCGAGUUGGCAAACGCCGCCGAAGUUGGCUUGGCUGGCUACUUCUUCUCGAAGGAUAUUGAGCGUGUCACACGCGUCGCCGAAGCGUUGGAGGUGGGAAUGGUUGGUGUCAACACUGGCAUUAUCUCCGACCCUGCCUCGCCGUUUGGUGGUGUGAAGCAGUCUGGUUUCGGACGCGAGGGAUCCAAGUACGGUAUUGAGGAGUACCAGCAUAUCAAGAUGAUCACGUAUGGCGGUAUGGGCAAGCCGCUCCAGGAGUAA